CCCGACUGAGGCGGCUGAAAGGUCGUGAUUGGGCGCACCCUCGCUAGCGGACAUGGCGGCCGCCGCUGCCAGCCGAGCGAUCGGCGCAAAGCUGGGGCUGCGAGAGAUUCGUAUUCAUUUAUGCCAGCGUUCGCCGGGCAGCCAGGGUGUAAGGGAUUUCAUCCAGCAACGUUAUGUGGAGCUGAAGAAGGCGCACCCCGGCCUGCCUAUUCUAAUCCGCGAAUGUUCGGAGGUGCAUCCUAAGCUCUGGGUCCGCUAUGCUUUUGGCCAAGAGAAGAAUGUGUCUCUGAACAAUCUGAGUGCUGAUGAGGUAACCAGAGCCCUGGAGAAUGUGCUAAGUGGCAAAGCCUGAAGUGUCUCCACUGAGGACUCUGAGCAAGAGCACCAGGACCUGGCCUCUGCUGGACUGCAGACAGUGUGGGAAAUGUGCUCUCUGUUCCUUAUAAAGCUUAUGCUGUACACUGUU